CCCUAACAAGCUAAUCAAACCAAACCUAAAACCCUAGAACCUAGAACCUUCUAUCACUUUCCAGAGCCUCGACUCUAAACUCUCUCCGUCCUUAUAACCCGUAAUCUGAACGCUCUCCUUUCAGCGAAACCCUAAUUUCGAAGUCAUGGCGAAGCGCUUGCUCCCAACCCUCAACCGUGUUCUCAUCGAGAAAAUCGUCCCUCCGUCCAAGACCAACGCCGGGAUUCUCCUUCCUGAGAAAUCAAGCAAGCUCAACUCGGGGACAGUGGUCGCGGUGGGUCCCGGCGCACGUGACAAGGACGGGAAGACGAUUCCGGUGUGUUUUAAGGAGGGCGACACCGUGCUUUUGCCUGAGUACGGCGGUACCCAGGUCAAGCUUGGCGAAAAAGAGUAUCAUUUGUAUAGGGAUGAGGAUAUUUUGGGUACUCUACAUGAUUGAAGAGUUGAGCUAAUUGCUUAUUGAUUUCUAAGGCUUUAUUGUGUUCUUGGUUUACUUAAAUGUAACUCAUUAAUCAAAUGGAGGAUUUUGAUUUUGAAA